GGGAGGGAGAGCUCCGAGACCUGUGCGACAGGAGAGCUGUAAGCCUCUAAGGAGGUGUCAUGUAACCUUUCAGCCUAGGGAUCCUCUUAUGCACUGACAAGCUGCUUCUCCCUUCUGCCUGGCUGGGGUUAUGAACAGUUUCCAGGGCUUGCUUGGGAGCAACAUGGUAACAGGGUUUUAUGAUCUUGGAAUGAAUUUUUCCUUUGCUGCCCGAGUGGCUUGGCUCUAAAGCUGCACAGUAAAUAUAGUGAUUUCAGAAUUUUUCAGGUUUCUGUUAAGAACUGCGUUAGGAAAGACAUCUUUUAUAGGAGCGAAGAAAUUGUUUGCGUACAGUAAAGUUCUGUUUGCUGUUGCACACCUGUUGCUCCCGUGCUGGGAUCGCUAAAUACGAUUGAGGAAGAAUCAUCAAGACCUUCUAGUGAUUGCAACAAACUGCAAAGAAUAUGUGGUCCGUAGUGGACAAAUUACCGGAAGGGGGAAAAAGAAAAAAGCAUGAACUGUAAAAAAUUAUUUGUCACUUCACUGGCAUCUGAGACAGGUAAAGGUUUAAAGAGAGAGAAUGAAAUAGUCUUUCAUUGGGCAAAGAAGAAAAGAUUUAUGUACUCACAGAGCAAUGAAUUCCAUCAGUACUAUGGAGGUUUGCUGGUCCUCUGACACAUUUCAGAAUGCCACUGGUAAAAAGGAACAUAGACCCCCGGCACCUGUGCCACACAGCUCUGCCCCGAGGUAUCAAGAAUGAAUUGGAAUGUGUCACCAAUAUCUCCUUGGCAAACAUAAUCAGACAACUGAGUAGUCUCAGUAAAUAUGCUGAAGAUAUAUUUGGUGAACUUUUCAAUGAAGCACACAGUUUCUCAUUUAGAGUCAACUCCUUACAAGAACGUGUAGAUCGCUUAUCUGUCAGUGUUACACAACUCGAUCCAAAGGAAGAGGAAUUGUCGCUGCAGGACAUUACAAUGAGGAAAGCUUUCCGGAGUUCCACAAUUCAAGAUCAACAGCUGUUUGACCGCAAAACUCUGCCUAUUCCUUUGCAAGAAACUUAUGACAUUUGUGAGCAGCCUCCUCCACUUAACAUUCUCACCCCUUACAGGGAUGAUGGAAAAGAGGGUUUGAAGUUUUAUACCAAUCCUUCAUACUUCUUUGAUCUGUGGAAGGAAAAAAUGUUGCAGGACACCGAAGACAAAAGAAAAGAAAAGAGGAAGCAGAAGAAAAAUCUAGAUCGCCCUCAUGAACCAGAAAAAGUGCCAAGGGCACCUCAUGACAGACGGAGAGAGUGGCAGAAGUUAGCCCAAGGUCCGGAGCUCGCAGAAGAUGACGCUAACCUCUUACAUAAGCACAUUGAAGUUGCUAAUGGCCCAGCUUCACAUUUUGAAUCAAGAUCUCAAGCAUAUGUGGACCAUAUGGAUGGAUCAUAUUCGCUUUCUGCAUUACCCUACAGCCAGAUGUCUGAACUUCUGAACAGAGCUGAAGAGCGAGUGUUGGUCAGACCACAUGAACCACCACCACCACCUCCCAUGCAUGGAGCAGGAGAUGUGAAACCUGUGCCUCCUUGUGUUAGUUCUACUACUGGCUUGGUAGAAAAUCGUCCUCAGUCACCAGCAACAGGCAGAACACCAGUGUUUGUGAGCCCCACUCCUCCUCCUCCACCACCACCGCCUCUUCCAUCUGCUUUGUCAACUUCAUCAUUAAGAGCUGCAAUGACUUCCACCCCUCCACCCCCAGUCCCGCCUCCCCCACCCCCUCCCACAGCGGCUCUGCAAGCCCCAGCUGUGCCACCUCCACCAGCUCCUCUCCAGAUAGCUCCCGGCGUCCUACAUCCAGCUCCACCUCCAAUUGCUCCUCCCCUAGCACAACCCUCUCCUCCUGUCACUAGAGCUGCCCAAGUGUGCGAAGCUGUACCAGUUCACCCAGUUCCUCCACAAGCUGAAGUACAGGGACUUCCUCCACCACCCCCACCUCCUCCCUUGCCUCCUCCUGGCAUUCGACCCUCCUCUCCUGUCACAGUUGCAGCCCUUUCUCACCCUCCUCCUGUUCUGCACCCUCCUCCCACGACCAUUGUCCCUGGCCCUCAUGCCCCCCUAAUGCCUCCAUCUCCACCAUCCCAAGUGAUUCCUGCUCCUGAACCCAAACGCCAUCCUUCGACUCUUCCUGUAAUCAGUGAUGCUAGAAGUGUUCUGCUGGAAGCAAUACGGAAAGGUAUUCAGCUACGCAAAGUUGAAGAGCAACGUGAACAAGAAGCUAAACAUGAGCGCAUUGAGAAUGAUGUUGCUACUAUACUUUCUCGUCGCAUUGCUGUGGAAUACAGUGAUUCGGAAGAUGAUUCAGAAUUUGAUGAAGUGGAUUGGUUAGAGUAAAAUUAUUACAUUGCUGUACACUGCAAAAUCGAAUGCUAAUGUCCAUUGUGGUGCUUGUUCUUUGAAAGUUUGAUGGUCAUUUCUAGUGGUUUUUGUAUUCUUUUCUUUACAUAAUUAAUCCAUGUUUUUCUACUUUUCAGUUUACAAAAAGCUCCUAGUGCAUCUUUGAAACUAAAUGUUUUCAGUGGCUUUUCUUACAAUUCUUUUUUGAAAGAACAUACUUUGUUCCAAUAGACCACUAAGUAUUAAGCAUGGGCAGCUGUUGGUAGAGUAGCAGUUUCAAUUUUUUGGCAUAUCUUAACUGUGCACUUUGUGAAUUUUAAGUUAAUGAAGGGAACGGAGAUUGACAUUCCAAGGGCAGCUGUAUGUACUAAUGAGCCUUAUUCCACUUCUGAUAGUGUUUUAAAACAUUACUAGCUAUCAAGAUAUCACUGCCUCGAUUACAUCUGUACACUAAAAGUACAUAUAGUUAGCAGCACUGAACACACUGAAAGGAAAAUGGAUCUUUGGGGAGUUUUAUUAUUGUUUUAUUGUUGUUUUUAAAUAAUUAUGGCCUUAUUUGAAUGUUUAGAGAUUCCCCUUCCCUUCUUCCCUCCCAGGUACAUAUUGUGUGGUACUAUUUUUGCCUGCAUAAUAAAAAUUUAAUUUUUUUUUUCCUUGUGAAAUCUUUUGACUUAAACAUGCUGUGUAACUUAUGUAACUGUUAAAAUAACAGUUUGAUUUAAUAAAUGGUUCAUUUUAAAUGUU